UCUCUAUUUGUGUUUUGCUUGUAGCCCUGGAGAGGAAAAUAUCCAUGAGGCAAAGCAGAGAGGAGCUGAUAAAGCGAGGGGUCUUGAAGGAAAUCUAUGAUAAAGAUGGGGAGCUCUCCAUAUCGAAUGAAGAUGACUCCUUGGAAAACGGGCAGUCUCUAAGCGCCAGCCAGCUGUCUCUGCCUGCCCUGUCCGAAAUGGAGCCAGUUCCGAUGCCCAGGGAUCCCUGCUCCUAUGAGGUGCUCCAACCUUCAGACAUCAUGGAUGGGACAGUGUCUGAAGAGAGUCCCUCUGCCAGUGAGUCUGGAGUCCUCCUGUCCCAAGAUCCUUCAGCCAAACCAGUCCUGCUCCUGCCCCCAAAAAAACCUGCUGCUUUCUCUGGAGACCAUGAAGAGACCCCAGUGAAGCAGCUGUCCCUUCUCAAGCAACCCCCUGCCCUGCCUCCCAAACCCACUGCCAGGAUUGCCAACCACUUAACAGAUCCUGGCGCCCCUGUGAAAUUGCCUUGUCUGCCAGUGAAACUGUCGCCUCCGCUACCUCCAAAGAAAGUCAUGAUCUGUAUGCCUGUAGGGGGGCCAGACCUCUCCCUGCCAUCCUACGUGGCUCAGAAGAGUGGCCAGCAGGGCGGGGCCCAGCACCACCACACGGUCCUGCCGUCCCAGAUCCAGCACCAGCUGCAGUAUGGCAGCCUCGGCCCGCAUCUCCCCUCCACCACCGGCUCCCUCCCCAUGCACCCCUCGGGCUGCAGGAUGAUAGACGAGCUGAACAAAACCCUGGCCAUGACCAUGCAGAGGCUGGAAAGGUAA